UUCACUCCCCUUUACUCCCCUUUACUCCCCUUUACUCCCCUUUGGUCCUCUGUUCUCCCUUGCUCACCCACCACUGCAGACCCUAGCUUUCUAGUUUGGUCUACUCUUCGCUUGCAACAGUCGUGUCUCUUUCCACUUCCAAAGCAUAGCACAAGCACUCUUUGAGGAAAAAGAAAAAGCACACACGCUCCUUCGUGUAACACACAAUGGCCCAUUAUGCUCCACAACAACCACAGCCCUACGGCCCACCUCCACCUAUCCAUCAGCCUCAGUACGCCUAUAAUCCCCAGCAGCAGCCCAUGUACGACCCGGAUGCACAACACCGGCAAUGGGGUCAGAACCAGAGUGCCCAGGAGCAGUAUUUCGCACCGCCAACAGGACCCACGCAGGGUCAACCACUGACUGGCGUUGCGCCGCCCAGUUAUGAGUCCGCACCCUAUGGCUCUGUCAAUCCAGAAUCGGGCUUGCCUACAAAGUUCAACCCUCGUCCACGCUACAAUGACUGCUGGGCAUUUCUCCUGUUCAUCGCCCAGCUCGCCGCAUUCGUCGUCCUAUCAUAUUACGCGAUCCAUCAGGUCGUUCAGGAUCGCCAAUAUGGAAAUAAUGGCUAUUAUCAGCAGCCGGGUGGAGGAACAUCCCAGUCAGGACGGACUUUCGGCUUCUUCUCCAGAUCAGGACUAAUCACGAUGUUGAUUUCUAUUCUCACGGGUGCUGUCGUCGCAGUUCUAUAUUUUAUAUUAACACAGGCUUUCCCUCGUCAGGUGAUAAAGGUCACCUUCGCGUUGAGUAUCAUUGUAUACCUUGCAGUCGCGGUCUAUUACUUUGUGCGACGCCAAUGGAUGCCUGCAAUCUUUGGCCUGAUCUUUGGGCUCUUGUACGCGUCAAUGUGGUUUUUCUGGCAGAGCCGUAUACCUUUCGCAACUGAAAUGCUAAGGGCUGUCACCUCCAUCUCAAAGGCGUAUCCAGCUACGUUCGCGAUGGCAUUCCUUGGCCUCAUUGUUCAGUCAGCAUAUUCAGUCUACUUUAUCACGACAAUCGCAGGCUGCUAUGAGAUGUACUACGACACAAACACGAGAACCACCCCAGGGAAGCUGAAAGCGUUGAUUGUGUUCUGUUUCUUCUCGUUCUACUGGACAUCUCAAGUCAUCAAGAACAUUGUCCAUGUAACGAUCUCGGGAGUAUUUGCUUGCUAUUAUUUCCUGAUGGGGUCGCCGCAGGGUAUGAGCAAAUCACCGACGUUAGAGAGUUUCAAACGCGCCUGCACAACCUCGAUUGGAAGUAUCUGCUUUGGUUCAUUGAUCAUUGCAGCCAUCCAGACCCUGAGGGCGCUUGCCCAGAUGCUGCGAGGCGACGGAAGCGACGGCAUCAUGGCGUUCCUCGCAUGUAUCAUCGACUGUAUCCUCGGAUGCUUGCAAGGAAUCGUGGACUACGUGAACAAGUACGCAUUCUGUCAGGUCGCGAUUUAUGGCAAGUCUUACAUUCCAGCUGCAAGAGAUACAUGGAAUAUUCUGAAGGACCGAGGCAUUGUUCAGAUCAUCAACGACAACUUGAUCGGAAACGUCUGGGCCAUGGGCGCCAUCAUGUCUGGCAUGCUUUCUGCCCUGGCAAGUUAUCUCUACCUUCGGUUCGAGAAGCCACCCUUCAACGCCAACAACGAGUUCACCUAUGUCAUUGUCACCAUGGCAUUCGUGAUGGGCUUGCAGAUGCUGUUUACGGUAGGGUCAGUGAUCGACAGCGGUGUGGCUACGACGUUCGUGUGCCUUGCAGAGGACCCAGCUGCACUGGCGAGGACAAAGCCUGAAUUAUUCGAGCGAAUCCGUAUGACUUGGCCAGCAGUUGUUCAGGGAGUUAAUUACUAAGGCUGUAUUUGACGCGUAACGUCGCCAGCUUUAUUAUGAACUUGUAAAUAUAUCUCAAAUCAUCGAACUCUCAAACCUUUAAACCCGAGCAAUAAACCCUUACUUCGCUAUCAUGUCGAGGAGGAGCUAUGUAAAGAGAGAAGCAUGCAUUGGGCAGCCGUUUCAAAAAUAUGAGAGUUGCUUAAGAGCCUCUUGCUUGGAUAUGAUGUGCAAGGCUUGGAGUAGGACGGACAUUCUAUCUGCAUUUAUUCGCUAUAUUUCUCCAGCACGAGAAACGAUGGCUCCUCGGAGUAUACUGCCUGGGCCAACAAUCG